AUGGCCGCCCUCGCGGAACAUCCGGUUGUCGCUCAGACGUCUUACGACCAAGAUCUCGACACAUUCAUCAACCUCGAUCAACUCAGCUACACUCCUUCAGAACCAGCCCGAUCGAAAAUUGGUUUAACUUCACAGCCGUCUUUGCCUAACUCGGAAUUUGUUUCCAGCGAUGCACGAAGUGCCAGCUUUGCCUCGUCCAGUCAAUCACCGGUCGCAUUUCCCGCCCCUAGCCAUCAAUAUGAUGAGCACAAGCAGCAGACAGGUCUCCCACCAGGUGCCCUGGCCCAAGCCAUCCCCUUCAACCAAAUGCCUCAGAUGGGAUAUGGUGGUGCAAGCCCCGGUUUCGCUAUGAAUGGCGAAAUGUUCCAACCUCAGAUCAAGCGCGACGAAGCGCCCCUUGACUUCAACUCCACCCCAACUCGAAACCUUUCAGAGAUGGACCUUGAGGCCGACAACAACAUGAACACUGUACCUGGAUACUUUGUCUCACCAAAUGCCAACAAAAACCAAUUUGUGGACCCUAAUGCCCUUGGAGGACAAGAGGUCGUUUCCAUGGGAUCCUCCACCCAAGUUGGACGCAUGUACCCUGGUAUGCACCAGCAAGCUGCACUGGCUAAGGCGGCUCAACAGCAGAGACAGCAUGAAAUGCUCCGCCAACAGCAGCAACAACAGGAACAACUCCAACAGCAACGCAACAACGCCACUCCUCAGGCACAGCAGCCCCAGGCCUCAAACGCAGUGGUUGAGGAACGGAUCUCUCGCCUCUUGCAGCAAAUGAAGUCCGCUUCUGGAAGCCCUUCAGAGUCUCCCUCUCCAUCGUCCGGUGGUCAUUUGUCAAAGUCCAAGAAGGAUGAGCAGGACAUGGAUGAGGAUGAGAGACUUCUCGCUAGCGAGGAAGGCAAGAAACUGAGUAGCAAGGAGCGCCGGCAGCUCCGCAACAAGGUUUCCGCUCGUGCUUUUAGAUCUCGGAGAAAAGAAUACAUCGGCCAGCUGGAGAGCGAGGUGGCGCAGAGAACCGACGAGGCUAACCAACUGCGCGUUCAGAACCGUGCUCUCUACGAGGAAAAUGCUCGUCUCACCGAUCUUGCUCGUACACUUUUGUCGUCGCCAAACUUCUCCCAGUUCCUCGAUGAGAUGAACGUUAGUGGUCUUCCCAGCGGCCAAGCACAACUAUCGCAGCAGCCUCAGCAGUCGCAGCCCCAAGUACAGCAGCAGCAACCCCCGGCCAUGUCGCAGGCCCCGAUGCAGCAAGCGAACAUCCCCAAAGAGCCAGCUGCCAACCAUGGCCAGCAGGAAUUUCAAAUGCAGCAGCAAAACUCUCAGAUGGGAAUGAUGAUGGUCCCUAGCCAGGGUAUUGAUGUUUCUACAAUGAACAUGAACAACGGUGGCUGGAACACUGGAAUUGAUGUCAACUUCAGCAACGCCCCCGUUUUCGCUGUCCUGGAAGUCCCUGAGCCCCCUGUCGACACUGAGAUCCUUUCUGGCAAAUCGACCGCCCUCGACGGCCUGAACUACCCCGAGGCUCCUAGUACCAAGGAUGCUCCGCUCGUCGACCGCUUCCCCGAAGAACAACCCACGGCCGACGCUGGGAACUUAAACGUGGAGGUUGAUGAGUCCGACCCCGUCCUUGCACUGUUUGCCGACCAGCCCAAGCAGUCCGUGUCACAAAUCUCCGAAGACUCAUCCUUUGAUGGUAUCGAGUCUAGCAAACCCUCCGCUUACGAGAUUGUCGUCGAGAGUGACUCCAAGGCUGAUGCCAACCGACUUGCUUCCCUCUGCAGUAGCAUGGAAGAUGCAUUCCAACGCGUUUCCAUGCUCACUGCUCAUCUUCAAUGA